AUGAUUAUCCCCCUGUUCUCUACUGCUGCGCUGCAGAGCCAAGAAUUCACUAUUCCCUACGACACAGCUGAUAACAUUGGUAUCAUUGCCAAACUUAAAGAUCGAGAUGGUGAAGUACCCGGUCACACAGUGAUGGGUAAACAAGGAUUCUUCACUGCAGGAUAUGCCUGGAGUGGUAACAGGGAAGCAGAACUGGGGUUAAAGAAAACUGAUAUAACUCAGCCAGAUGGCAAUACUGAGCUCAUUAGGCCCCGGAAGCUCAAUAAUCCUGUGAAAGAUUCCAAGAGUUAUCGGGCUCUUCAUCGUGAAUUAGUGUUAAGCCACAAGAGAGGCUUUGCACUACCAAACAAACCUGAACUCCAACGGGUGAUGGAACAAAGAAAAUACAAUUUAUUAAGGGAACAGGAAAAAGCCCAGAGACCCAAAACAGAUUUUGAACAGGAACUUAAUAAAAGGCACCAGAAACUAGAGCAGUAUGAACAGGAACACCAAAAGCUGGAAGAACAAGAAAAUGUCCCAGAAUUUGUCAAAAUCAAAGAAACAUUGAGGACAACAAAGAAAGCAGAUGCAGCGAAUGGCUAG